AAGGUCUAAUUGGUAUAUUUCAAAGUCCACAAACCUACCACCUUUUUGUCCUGUUUGUCCUGUUUAUACACUAAAAUUGCUUCUCUUCGCGUGUAAUUGAAAAUUCUUUCUAUAUAAUAUAACGUUUUUCACAAUUUAUAAGGGCGUAAGAUCCUUCUUUUUUGCUUUUAUACUUUUUUAAAGUUGGUUUUGUGGUUAUGUCUGCGAAAAUCGAUGAUAAACGGCGGUUGAAAGUCGCGGCACAAGGGCUACGAAAAACUGCUAUUAGCUUACAAGCCGCUGUUGUAAGUCUUUUACAAACUGCGGAUGCGCUCUCUGCCGAAACCGAUGAAAAUUUAGUAGAAAAUAACCCUCUAGACGUCAAUCUUCAGGAUUUCUUAAAAGGCGAUAUUAAUAGUACUCUUAUUAAAUUGCUCAAUAAUGCUCUCAAUGGCGAUGGAGAAGCACUAGAUGAUGAUCAAAAGGCUCAACAAAAUGGUAAACGUGCUGCAAACGGAGUCAAGAAAUCUACACGUAAGCCAAGACCACCUCGUGAUCCUAAUGCACCUACAAAACCACAGAAUGCUUUUAUAUUAUUUCAAAAAGAGGUUGCCAGUCAAGUAAAAGCGGAAAAUCCAGAUAAACAAUGGCCAGAAAUAGUGCAUUUGAUAAGUGCCCGUUGGAAGGGUUUGCAAAAGGAGGAAAAAGAAAUAUAUGAGCAUAGAUUUGAGGAGGCUAAACAAACCUAUGAAACCGAACUUAAGACUUAUAUGGAAAAGAAAAAUAAAGAUCUAGUGGUAACAGCAGUUGAUCCUGAUGGUGUUGAAGAAAAUAAUGAUACGUCUGACUCUGUUACGCCUGAUUCAGAGUCCAUCACAUCUCAAAGUGAUGAAGAAGAUGAAGAAGAUAUACCAAAUCCUUCUAAUUCUCGCUCAUCACGUUCAAAGGUGAGAUCAAGUACGUCCGCGAAAAGUGCGCCACACCCUAAUCCGGAAUCUUCAAAGAAAAAGCCCAUAAAGCGCAAAACCCAGGAGGACGACGAUGACGAAAGCGCUCACGAAGAAGAGCAGAAAAAAUCAAAGAAAAAAGCCUCAAACGAAGAAGGUGAAGUGCAAAAAAAAAAGAUCAAGAAAAGCUCUCGAGAAGAAAAAGAUAAGAAGAAGAAAAAUAAAAGGAACAGACAAGAUUGAGUCUUUACAGGUGUUGUAACUGAAAGUGACGAGGAUUCAAUUUUCUCUUUUUUUACUUAUCUAUAAUAUCCUAAAAAGAAAAAAAAAAAAAAAUUUAAUAAUCAUUGUAAAAAGAAAUUUAUUUAUUUUUUUUUCUCUGACAUUUUGAUUAAUUUUGUUAUAGGAAUAUAAAUAUUGAUUUUAAUUAUACUCACAAUUUGCUUAAAUAAUCUUUUCAACUAAUAUAAUACAUGAAUAAAAAAUUAACGUAUG